CCAAGAUCUUCAACCGCAAUCAUGGCUCCAGUCGAGAUACCAUCAGUUCCCAAAAACAUUAUUAUUUCCGGCGGCGCACGCGGCAUCGGUCGAGCACUAACCCGGAUGAUGCUCGAAGCCGGGCACCACGCCUACAUCUUCGACAUUGACGAAGAAGAACUCGAGCACACAACCCAGGUACAUCUGAAGAAGUACCAUGACGAAGGAAAACUGGCGUCGGCAAUAUGCGACCUCCGCGAUGUCGAAGAAAUUCGUGCCAAAGUAAUACAAGCCGCUAAAUUCUUCGAUGAUCGCAUCGACGUUCUGAUCAACAAUGGAGGCAUUGCGAGUCCGCAAUGGAAGGACGGAAAGACCAUGGAAGACCUGGAUACUAUUUCGGAGUGGCGAGCGUAUAUCGACACGAAUCUUACCGGCCCAUUCGCCAUGUCCCAGGCCUGCAUUCCUUAUAUGAAGGCCCGCGCAUCUGACGUUGAGCAUGGUGCCCAUAUCACGAAUACGAACAAUUCGAGCCCUGCAGGCCCGUGUAUCAUCCACAUUGGCUCCUUCCGCGCGCUCCAGUCAGACCCUAACCAAGAAGGAUACGCAUCAAGCAAGGCUGGUCAGUUGGGUCUGAUGCACUCAAUGGCGAUCAGCCUGGGUUCGCUGGGCAUUAGAGUGAAUCUCAUUGCGCCGGGACGGAUCAAGGUUGCGCAUGAAAGUAAGGACGGAGACGAGAAGGGUACGGAUUGGGCGAGUCAGGUUAGUCAAAAGGAUAUAGACGACCACCCGACAAACCGGGCGGGUAGACCGGCAGACGUAGCAAACGCAGCCCUCUAUCUCAUUGAAGCGGGCUUCGUCACGGGAGAGGAUAUUACUGUGGAUGGAGGCGCCACCGCGCAAUCGAAAUCUCAGCAUAUAACUAUCCAAAAGGCAAGCGGAAACAUCAUGGCGUCAAGUAUAGAGAUUAUCACAACGCCAACGGCGGAUACGCCAGGCACCACCCUUGUACUACGGACGGCAACCAAGCACUAUGUCUUCGGCAGCUUGGCCGAGGGCACCCAGCGGGCUAUGGCGCAGCAGGGAACACGGAUGCUAAAGGCACAGGACUUCUUCUUGACAGGGAGGGCCGAGUGGAAGAACACUGGCGGGCUCAUUGGGAUGAUGCUCACAUUGGCCGAUUCGAGCACGAGCUCGUAUGACCAACUUUUGGAGAAGAACCGCACAGCUCAGAGUAAAGGUAAGAAAACUUCAGGACCGCCAAAACCACAAUUCAGCAUCUAUGGGCCGCCGAAUUUGAAGCACACAAUCGGCGCAUGUCGGAGAUUUAUUUUCAGGAAGGGCAUACCCAUCAAUGCAACGGAAUACGCCAACCAGUCGCCAGAGAGAGAUGCAAAUGGUGCCAUCUCACCAACCUGGCAGGAUGCGAAUAUCCAGGUAUGGGCGCUGUCGGUCACGCCUGCAAACCAGAAAAAACUUGAUGCACAAGCUGAAGCUGAACUGGAAGCACGGCGGAAGUACUUUGACACGCAUCUGAACACGUUCGAAGACCAUCAGGCCCCUGAGAACGAGAGCCUGGAAGAUCGCGAGGCACGAUAUGAUCGCAUACGAACAGCCACUAUCAAGUUCAUGUUUGAUUCAAAUUGGAGUUUCGAUACGUUUGUGGAACGACAUAUCUCGGACGUAGAAAUGCCUACGAUGAUGUUCGUCCGCAAUCCGGACACGCACCGCUAUGAGCCAUACCAUGGUCCCAGCCCUGGAGGUCCAGAUCCUCUCCCCGACAUUAAUGUAUUCACUCGUACACCAUGGCCCGGCGCAACUAUCCUAGCUCUCCCGCCCACUACGCCGGCGCCAGAGUGUGUCUCAUAUAUUGUGCGAGCCUUUCCAGUUCGGGGUGUAUUUGAUGUCGCACGCGCUAAAGCGCUCGGUGUCAGGCCGGGGCCGGACUUUGGAAAGCUGACUGCAGGCAAGUCUGUUCAGAACAAAGAUGGCGAAUGGAUAACACCAGAGCAAGUUCUUGGAGCAGAAAAACCUGGUCAGGGCGUCGCCAUUCUGGACGUUCCCUCAGUCGAGUACCUGCAGAGUAUCGUUCAGCGAGAAGAGUUCAGUUCCCCGCAAGUCAUGAGCGGCAUUGGGGCUAUUAUCUGGAUGCUUGGCCCUGGCGUUCAUAGCCAUCCGAUUUUGACUGAGUUUAUGAGUCGUAUGGACAGCGUACAGCACGUCAUAUCCUCUAUUGACGCAUGCCCUGACCGUAUCGCCAACGACUCAGUCGCCGCCCAGGCAACGCGCUUGGGGCAGAUUGACCCUGCUAGAUAUUCGACGCCUGUACAUGACAAUAGCACGGUGCCCCAAAAAAGCUUAUUUAGCGCUAGUUUGUCCGUGGCUCCAGUACUUCCGAAGGACGCCAUUGUUGCUGACAGAGGUAUGACAUUCCUCCUGAUGCCGAAAUUUGUCACCAAGACAGAGUCCGCCUCCAGCUUUUUCAGUCCUGAUGUCGUAAGAGACGACAUGGCCCAAGAGGUUAUUCAGUUAGCAGAGAAAGCGCAACAGACAUUGCAAGAUGAUCACGCAACUAUGCAGGCGUGGAAAGGACUCCUGGCCCGCCCAGACACAGAAGUCACUACCCUUGGAACAGGGUCGGCUUUGCCAUCGAAGUACCGCAACGUAUCUGCUACCCUGGUCCGGGUCCCCGGCGUAGGUAACUACCUCUUUGACUGUGGUGAGAAUACGCUUGGACAGCUGGCAAGAGUGUUCCCCUUGGAAGAACUGGUCGAUAUCCUCAAGAACCUGCGCAUGAUCUGGAUCAGCCAUUUGCAUGCAGACCAUCACCUAGGCACUGCAUCCGUCAUUCGAGCCUGGUACCACAUCAAGCACGGUGGUAUUCCGAACUCACAGCCACUCGAUCCUUCAGCAUCAACUAUCGACGCUGACACAUACGGUCUUACCGUUAUAUCGCACAGUGGCAUGCUACAAUGGCUUUACGAGUAUUCGUCGAUCGAGGACUUUGGAUACAGCCGUAUUGUUCCUCUGCAAAUCACGGCCAACGAACAUCAUAAGCGCUCAACAUUGUCAAGAUUGAACUAUGAGAAUGGAGAUAUUGUCGGUGCUACCAUCCACAGACAGGAGUACGAAAGUCUAGCCGGGUUUUCCGACAUCCAAGCUGCUAAGGUGGCACAUUGUCAUGGCGCUAUGGCGGUCUCUGUCACGUUUCCGCAUUCACCAGCUGAUGGCAAGAACGUCAAGCCACUCAAAGUCAGCUACUCUGGCGACUGCAGACCAAGCUACCAUUUCUCCAAAAUCGGCCUAGACUCCACCGUCCUCAUCCACGAAGCGACUUUUGAUGAUGAGCUACAAGGCGACGCGAGGGCGAAGAAGCAUUCUACUACCUCGGAAGCACUGGGUAUCGGUGCUCAAAUGAACGCCAAAGCAGUUGUUCUUACGCAUUUCAGCCAACGGUAUCAGAAGAUACCCGUGCUGCAGACAGUAAUGGACGACGAGCAAGAAGACCCGUUCCUUGAUCUCUCAAAGACCGCAGAGGAAGCGAAUGAUGAUGAGGGAGAGGUCGAUCCCACGACCGAGAACGCGGACAACAUGGACAUGCACCCUACUGUCGCUACCACCUCAAAGCCGCCGACGCUCCAACACGCCGCUUCCUCCCUUCACGAAAAUGAGCGCGUCAUCAAGAUCCGCAACAAGGACAUGAAAGUCGCCAUUGCAUUCGACUACAUGCGCGUCAAGAUUGGGGAGAUCAUCGAGCUAGAAAAGUUUAACGACGCACUGAACGAGCUGCUUACCAAGGAUGAGGAACCAGAUAUGACUGCCGGAGUUGGAGAUGUAGUAAUCAAUGCGAAUGGGAAGAAGAUGAGCGGAGAUGAGGCUGGUGGAGGCUUGAAGAAGCAGAAGAAG